AUGGCGUGGCAAGGGCUGGUACUGGCUGCUUGUCUGCUCGCACUCCCCUCUGUCACAGCGGACUGCCUGGCCCAGUGCUCCUUGUGUGCUGUGAAGACCCAGGAUGGGCCCCAACCCAUCAACCCCCUGGUUUGCUCCCUGGAAUGCCAGGCUGCCCUGCAGCCUGCUCAGGAGUGGGAGAGGUGCCAGGGCCUUCUGUCUUUCCUCACUCCCUUCACCGUUGGGCUCAAUGGCAAGGAAGACUUGAAGAGCAAGGCAGUUUUGGAAGAGUCUAGCAGUGAGCCGGCCAAGCACAUCAGGCCCUACUUGACGGAACUAGAGAAAAACAGAUUCCUUCUCAGCACCCCAGCAGAGGAGAACGCUCUGAGCAGCAGCCUGGCGGAGAAGCUCAGGGAUCUCUCUGGCAGGUUGGGGGAGGAUGCAGAGUAUGAGUUAAUGGGGGAUGCUCAGCUGAACGAUGGUGCCCUGGAGGCUGAAGCGAGGGAUUCCAAUGAGGAGGAACCCAAGGAGCAGGUCAAACGUUAUGGGGGCUUUUUGCGCAAAUACCCCAAGAGGAGCUCAGAGGUGACUGGGAAUGGGGCUGGGGAAGGGGAGGAGGGUGAGGUGGGCCAUGAGGACCUGUACAAGCGCUACGGGGGGUUCUUACGGCGCAUCCGUCCCAAGCUCAAGUGGGACAACCAGAAGCGCUAUGGUGGCUUCCUCCGGCGUCAGUUCAAGGUGGUCACUCGGUCUCAGGAAGACCCCAGUGCCUAUUACGAAGAGCUUUUUGAUGUGUAA